AUGAACCUAUGGGAUAAUUCAAUGAAACUUUUACAAGUUCAAGUAUUUUUUCGUCAUGGUGCAAGAACACCUUUAUUUCAUGUUAAAUCACCUAUUUUUCCUGAAGCUAUAUGGUCUCCAGAAUUAUCAACAGAUUUACCGCAUACAUUAUUUCCUUAUCGUUUAAUUGAUAUAUCUACCCAGAAACAAAUUCAAUUAUCAUCUGAUUAUUUAGAUAAAUUAUUUGUAUUACCUGGUGGUAAUAAAGUUGGUGAAUUAACUAAAACUGGUCAACAAGAUGCAUAUAAUUUAGGUAUACGUUUAAGAAAACAAUAUAAAGACAAUGAUCAUUUUCUUUCCUAUCAAUUUCAAUCAUCACAAUUUUAUUUAAGAACUACUUUCAUUGCUAGAACUAUUAAAUCAUUACGUUGUGUUAUGGCUGGUUUAUAUGGUGAUAAUAUAUCAUUAACUGAACCUGUUAAUUUUGAAUGUGAUCAAUUAAAUAAUGAAAUACUUUAUCCAAAUCCACAUAUAUCUGAAUCACUUAUACAAUUAUUCAAUGAUGGUAUUAUUGAAUGUAAUAAAUCAAAAACAUUUCAAGAAAUGAAACAAAAAUUAAAAAAUAUUUUAGGUGUUGAUAAACUAUUGGAUUGUGUUGAACAACGAUCUACAGAUUAUGAUUGUCCAAUUUAUUUUGUAAGAGAUGAUUAUUUAGCUCGUAAGUACGCCGGUUUCCCUAUACCAGCUGAAUUGGAAAAAUUGUUACCAGAAAUGAAUAAAUUAUGCUCAGAAGAAUUAUUGCAUGAAUUUCUGGGCAAACGAAAAGAUUGGAAGAAAAAUGUUCAUAUUGUAUUAAGUGAUCUAUUUUCACUUAUAUUAGAGAAUAUGAUAAACUAUCAAAAAUUACCACAAUUUCAUUUAUAUGCAUGUCAUGAUUCAUCAAUUAUGUUAUUAUUAUUUGGUUUAAAUGUAUUCGAUGGUUGUUGGCCACCAUUUGCUGCUGAUGUUAUAUUUGAAUUAUAUACAACAACAUCAAUAUCAUCACCGUCACCAUCAUCAUCAUCAUCAUCACCGUCAUCAUCUAAGUUAUCCAGUAUGAAAUCUAACAUAAUACAUUCAGAUCAUAUUUCAUUAAUAAAUGAUAAUCUAAAUGAUUUAUGGUUUCGUUUAAUUUAUCUUGGUAAACCAUUAUCAUUAAAAACAUUAUGGGAUUUAUCAUAUUCUAAUCCUGAUCAUGAUCAUGAUCAUCAACAUCAUCAAUUAUCUGAUUAUACAAUGAUACCAUUUAAAGUAUUAUAUGAAUAUAUAAAUAAAGCUAAAAAUUAUAAUGAAUCUUAAUUAGAAUAUAAUAAUAAGUAUGUAUAAUCAUUUGUGUUAUUGUUUUGUUUGUUUGUUUGUUUACUUAUUUGCUUCCUGUUGAUGUUUUUUAUUGAUUUAUUGAUGAUGAUGAGGAUGAUGAAGAAGAAGGAGAAAAAAGGACGAAAUUAUGUAGAAAUUAAUAAUUGCAUGAUUAUUACUAUUUUUUUCUCUUUUUUUUGUUCUUUCUAGUCUGUUUUAUUAUCCUUAUGAGAUUUAUUUCCUUAGCAACAAUAUUAUGAUUAUGAUUAUUAUUAUUAUUAUUAUUUGUAUGGAUUUAUAUAUCUGUUUGUUUAUUGGAUUUUGAUUGUUUGAAUGUCCUUGAAUAUUUACCAUCAUCAUCAUCACCACCACCACCACCACCACACACACACUCUCUCCAUCUGUCCCUAACUAACUCCCUCCCUCCCUUUCAUGAUUAUACGUGUUCGAUUCCUAUCCUAAAUGAAUAACACAUGAAUUCACUAUUAAUUAAUUGUUUUUUUUUUUUAAGAUUUACAAAAUGUAUUUAAGUAAUGUAAUAAGAUUGAUUUUUGUUUCUUUUGUUUCCCUUUUUUAUCAUCCUUCUUUCUUUCUUUCCUUCAUUGAUAUUCAUUCAUUAAGUGAUAUGUAUUGUCUAGAAUGAUUUAAUGAAGUCAUUAGAUUCAUAUAAGAUUAUUGUAAUUAACUUUACUACUCAAUUCUAAUACUAACAAGAUGAUUUAAUUUGAUUAUUUAAAAGAAAGAAAAGUUUCUAUAGAUGAUAUCUAUAGAAGGAUCAUUAUCAUAAUCUAUGAAUUUAACUUCAUGCUAGAUUGAAUAUAUAUGAUAUAUAUGUUAGCUUAAAGAUAUUUACCCUAGGUUUCAAUAGCCCCCAAAUGCCCUGGUACAGCUGAGAGUGGGGAGAAUCCGCUCUCCCUCUAGAAAUGUUCUCACAUAACCACGCGUAUAUAGCCUCUGCCAGGGAAAUCCUACUCACUGCAUUCUCGUGGCAUGACUGUUGUUUACGAAAAUGAGAGGACGAAAAGCGAAUGUCCGGCGCUUUAACCGGAUCUCAAAUCAAUGGUGCAUAUGGGCUGGCUCCAGUAUCCUUCGGGAACAAAUGGCGUAUG